CGACUUUGCACUUACUUUGUGACUUGUAGAGCAUACACAUUCCUUCAAUAUGCUGGGGAUCGGACAAACUUCAACUUGGUCGCUCUGGACUGCUCUAGCACUGAACCUGCUUGCUGCACUUCUCCGGCAGCGCUAUCAAAAGGGUCUCAACAGGUACAAUGGGCCCAUUCUGGCCUCCUUUACAAGUCUAUGGAGGGUCUGGAACACCUACCGGAAUUCCACGAAUCUUCCCUUUCUCGCCUGGCAGGAGAAGUAUGGUGAUGUGAUACGACUUGGUCCAAAUAUGCUCGUCUUUACAGAUCCAGCCUGCAUCAAGGACAUCUAUACCUCUGGCUUCGACAAGUCCGGGCAAUACAUGGUCAAUGCAGGGGUGAGUCAAGGCAAGAUCGUUCCUAAUAUUUUCUCGACCCACGACAAAAAAUGGCACAGUCAAUUGCGGCGCUGUGUCAGCAACGCCUUCUCAUUGACGUCGAUCGUCCAGUAUGAAGCUCAAGUCGACCAAACACUCGCAACCUUCUUGGAGAAGAUGGACAGUCUCUUUAUCCACCAGAAGGGAAUGGGGUCUAUGGACCUGGGACUAUGGCUUCAAUACUUUGCCUUCGACGUGAUUGGAAAGCUCAGCUACAGCUCUUCAUACGGUAUCCUUGAGUCGGAUGGGAAAGAUGAUGCUAUGAUACAUACCAUUUCGCGCUUCUUUGAGUAUGUCGCUAUGGUGGGCGUUUGGCCUAUGCUCGAUCGUCUCCUGAGAAAGAACCCGAUCCUCCUAUUUCUUGGACGACACGGCUGGUACGACAAACCUACUCCCACUGUCCCAUAUGCCCGAAAGCAGCUUGCAACUCGAAAACGCAACCAGCUUGUUGAGGGCAGCGAUGCGGAAAACCCUGGCCAGGGUCGUCAGGCAGAUAUCCUGCAGAAACUACUCGAGGCGCAAAGGCAGCAACCAGAUCUCAUUGACGACAGAACGCUGCUGGGACUUUCAUUGUCAGCGAUCAACGCGGGAAGCGACACGGUGUCUACAGCGCUAUCUGGAAUUCUGUACUAUCUGCUAAAGCAUCCCUCAGCGAUGGAGAAAGCGGUGAAAGAAAUCCACUCAAAACUCCCUCCACCAGCGAAGAGUGCAUCUCUUGGUGAGGGCGUGGUAUCGUACAGCGACGGCAGAUCACUGCCCUAUCUCGAUGCCUGUAUCCAAGAAGGACUCCGGUUGCAUCCGCCUGCAGGUGGAGCAACAUUUGAGCGUGUAACCCCUCCGCAAGGAGCAACGAUCGCUGGCCACUUCAUUCCUGGUCGGACAACCGUGUCUGGCCUUGCCUACCUCAUGAACCGACACAAACCCACUUUCGGCGAAGAUGCCCUAGAGUAUCGGCCUGAGCGGUGGCUUGACAACGGCGGACCGGAAGAAGAGGCUCGACUCGCGGCUAUGAAUCGGGCAAUGUUUGUCUUCGGUAUUGGUCCACAUACCUGCUUAGGAAGGAACAUCGCACUGCUGGAGAUUUACAAGACAAUUCCAACAAUUUUGCGUUGCUUUGAGAUCCGACUGUCAGAUCCGUCAUUACCAAUCAAGAUCAGCAAUUUCAUGGUCAUGAACAUCCGAGGACUCUACGUGGAUGUCAGGCGCCGGGACAGAUAAGAUUCGAGGAGGUUUGCUUAUGUAACCACGUGAUAAGGCUAUAAGGCUGAAUGCCCCUUGACAUGGAUCGCCAGUCUCGUAGGACGGGUAUCGCUCACCCGCAUUACGGUUUGGCAUGAGCCCGGUCUCGGGCACCAUGAGUAACCGAGUCGCAAUUGACGAGAAUCCUAUCUUACACGAUCCUACACUUCAUGCCACAAAGAAGCUGGAUCCACGUUCCAUGGCGAUUCCAAAUCCCGCUCUAGCGCAGGAAUGCUGCCGAGGCCGGAUUCCGCAACGCACGAGGUUGGGCAU